UCUGCGAUCAGGAUGGCUGCAUACGCUCUUCUCGUGCUCUUCGCUCUGGCAUGCGCCGCUCAGGGAUCAGUGAUUCCCCAAAUUGUGGGUGGCAAAGAUGCUCCGGACGGCAAAUAUCCAUAUCAAAUAUCGUUGAGAUACUACGGAAGUCAUAACUGCGGCGGAUCUAUCAUCGGAAAUCGUACCAUAUUGACAGCAGCGCAUUGCGUCGAGGGAAAAGGAAAUUCGCUGAAGAACUUGAUAGUCCACGCCGGCACGAAUUUGCUCAACCUGACAGGCGACGCUUAUUCAGUGGCAUCUUUCAUUACUCAUGAGAACUGGAACAGGCCUCAACUCAUCAAUGACGUCGCUUUAAUUUAUCUUGAACAACCGAUAAAUUACAACUCAAAAGUACAACCGAUCAAACUUACGACUACUAACAUCGAUGACGGACCGUGCACGUUAACCGGAUGGGGAUCUACUAGGCUCGGUGGAGGUGCCCCGAACAAGUUGCAAGAAAUCAAUUUGCAAAUAUAUCCUUCCUCGCAGUGCAAAAGUAAGAAUUCGAGAGUUCGGGACAGUCAUAUUUGUACUCUGACGAAAGCAGGAGAAGGCGCUUGCCAUGGUGAUUCCGGUGGACCUUUAGUGGUCGGUGACGUUCAAGUCGGAAUCGUCUCCUUCGGUACACCAUGCGCGCGCGGAUAUCCUGAUGUAUUUACACGAGUGAGCUCUUUCAAAAGUUGGAUUACCAAACAUAUGAAAAACUAUCGAUCUGCAAUCAGUAUGGUGUAUGGUAUUCUUGUGCUCGUCGCUCUAAUAUGCGCCGCUCAGGAUUAUGGAUCAGUGAUUCCCCAAAUUAUGGGUGGCAAAGAUGCUCCGGACGGCAAAUAUCCAUAUCAAAUAUCGUUGAGAUACUACGGAAAUCAUAACUGCGGCGGAUCUAUCGUCAAAAAUCUAGGUAUCUUAUUGAAAGCAGCGCAUUGCGUCGACGGGACCCACAGCAACGUCAUCAAAGUUGUGAUUCAUCUUAAAGAACCAAUCCAGUUCACCUAUGUACAGUCUCUCCCACUUGCGACUAUUAAGAUUCAUAGCAGAUCAUAUAAGUUGAUCGGAUGGGGACCUACGAGGUUCGCAAGUGACUUUGUCCCUCACUACGGCAUCGCACGAUGCCAAACUAAAUCGUACGGCAAGGUUGAUAAACGUAACUUCAAAAAUUGUGAGCAAAGUGCCAUAAUGUUUAUCGCGAUGAACGUUUUCGUCAGUCUCAUAAUCGCUCACUUAGCGCUCGGCAUUAACGGUUUGCCAAGCCCGCUGAUCAUCGGUGGCGAGGAUGCUCCGAUCAACUUGUAUCCUUAUCAGGCGUCAUUGAGAUAUGACGAUAAGCAUUUUUGUAACGGAGCCAUCGUCAACGAGAGAUAUAUCGUCACCGUAGCGCAAUGUGUUUACAGCAUUAAUUAUCCAGUCGCGUAUUCCGUCGCAGUUGGAAGCAAUAAUCUCAAUGAACCUGGUGUUGUAUAUGAUGUGACAGGUAUAAUAGUACAUGCUGGUUACAACAAAGCACGACAUAUACACGAUAUCGCUUUAAUACGCUUGUCGGAAAACAUCAAGUUUGACGCAAAUGUCCAGCCGGUUGCCUUGGCAGAUGCUGAACGGAAUUACAAUGAUUAUCCUCUCGUGGUUACAGGCUGGGCGAACAACAACAUGUCGUGGUAUUUUUAUCUGUUGCAAGAGAUUAUAGUGAAAGGAUAUUCUCAGGAAAUGUGCAACGAUGAGUACAAAUUCAUCGAAAAAAGUCACCUAUGUUCUAUGUGUGUGAAAGACGGUGAAGGAUUAUGCGACGGUGAUUUCGGUGAUCCCGUUGUUGCGGACGGUGUUCUAGUCGGUCUCGUGUCACAUGCACGUUGCAGUUCCAAUUACCCAGACAUCUCCACCAGGGUGUCUUACUACAGAUCGUGGAUCGAUAAAAACACAAAUGUCUAAUGAUAAAAUGACAACAAGAACUCAUCGAUGGAGCGUUAUUCUCAAAUGUGCGUUGCGUAUUCUGUUUGUAAUAUUUCUCGCGAAGAGCUGUUUGCACUUAAGUCUGUACACAUACAAAUGUAUGCGACUUUUGUAUGUUAUUAUCUUUUUGUCUAAUUCUGUGAGACAAAUUAACAUCCGGAGUUUAAGAGAAUAAUUUACAGAUAUAUCAGAAUCAACAUGAAAUUCCUCUGUUAUUAUUAUUUUUCCUGUUUCUUUCGAGUCGUAUUUUAAAUAUCUGCGCGGAACGUAAAAGUGACACUUUGCGUUAACAAAAAUUAUCGGCGCGAACAAUACUGACGGAGCAACACGUGUAACUUUUUGCAGCUCUGUAUGCAGUACGGUCUCUCGAUAGUGCGUGCAUGUUUACCUGUGAAAUUAUAAAUUAGAGUGCUUUUGUACGC